GCACUGAGAAGUCGGUGUCAAGGAGGAGCACGUGAAGGCAGCACCAGCCUUCAGCCCUCUGCCGAGGCCCUUACAUAAUAAAUUUAGAAACCCCGCCCACUUUCUCAACCUGCAAAUAGGGCUGCAGACCGAAAGUGCUCCACAGUUUGAGCUUUAAUCAAGUCAACAAAUACAUCUUCGGUGUGAAGAUCCACUCCAGAUCACUUUCUACUGCGGAACAAGAACUAAGGAAUCACCCACGUUUGCGUUUGACUCGCACAACCUGCAAAAAUGAUUUUCGACAAGUUGAAAAAGUUUGACAUCGUCUUCGACUCUCCGGAGGUGGACUGUCCUCCGGUGUUCAGCAGUGGGGACGUGGUGUCCGGCCGUGUGGUGUUGGACCUGUCCGGGGAAAGUCGGGUGGACUCCCUAAAGCUCCACGCCGAGGGAUUUGCCAAAGUGCACUGGACCGAGUCCCGGUCCGCCGGCUCCAGCACCGCCUACACCCAGAACUACAGCGACGAGGUGGAGUACCUGAACCGGAGAGAGGUGCUGCUGCAGGCAGGUCAGUCCGCUCUGCAGGCUGAUGGGGGACACCACAGAGGGGCCAUCCUGUCUCUAACUCAUUAAUGUGUCAAAAACCAGCGUCCUCCAGGCGAAUGAAACAAUAGCAGGAGUCUUUAAUUUGAGCACACUGGGCUGGCUGUUAGUGUGAACACCGGAAUCGUGUUGUUUCACGAUUUAGUCUGCGAGAUAAACGGCUCAUCAUCAUGGGCUUGUCUUUUCUGUUGAUAAUAAUGUCUAGUGCAGUCAAAUUGUGACUUGUUUUUGCAAACGAGUUGUUGUUUUCCUCACUUCCGAGAUGUUUGGCUGUAAACUUGUUGCUGAGUGUGCAUGACUAUAAUGGGAGCCUUAUGGGAGAUGUUUUUCUUUGUUGUUGAGCACUUCCUGAAAGAAGUAAAACUGAACAUCCAAGUUCAGAAAGUGCGCAAAACAAGCACUUAAAGAUAAGUUAUUUGAUCGACUGAAGCAUUUUCAGGGGACUUUUAUUCAUUGUGCCAUAUGAGAAGUGUUGUUGGUCAUAACUGGAUACAAAAAGUAUGAAAAGCCUUAUUAUGCAGGAAGAGAGUUAACUAUGUUGCAAACGCUGUCUUUGCUUUCUUUGCUUAUUGUGAAAACAUCUGUCGAAAGAAGCAUUUCAGACAUCAUUCUUGUCCUUGUUCGAAGAAACUCCUGGGUUGUUUUUCUGCACAGAGUGGGAGAGCCUCAGGUUUCUGCCUCCAUUCAUUGGGCUCAGAGUUGUUUUGCUCUCAAGGGUAGACAGGAAAUCCACAGCCAGGGCUUCGCUAGUUUUAUGUUGUUUUUAUGCAUUGUGCAGCCUCGCUGCUUGAUUUGUAUUUUAUAAAAGUCUGUUUUUA